CAUUAAACUAAAACAUUAACAAUGCCAGCCUCACCAGAAAAGAACAUCCCAGAAGAAGAACAAGAAGAAACCACAACCAAGACUUCUACCAAAAAGGACAAGAAGAAUAAGAAAAAGAUUGGUACUCGUCCAGCCCAUAAGGGACCAAAGUCCAAGCCACAAUCUAGAUCAAACAGAGCCGGUCUCCAAUUCCCAGUCGGUCGUUUGGCUAGAUAUUUGAAGGAAGGUAGAUAUGCUGAAAGAAUUGGUGCUGGUGCUCCAGUUUACAUGGCUGCUGUUUUGGAAUACUUGGCUGCUGAAAUUCUCGAACUUGCAGGUAACGCUGCUCGUGAUAACAAGAAGGGUAGAAUUGUCCCAAGACACAUUCAAUUGGCUAUCAGAAACGAUGAAGAAUUGAAUAAGCUCUUGUCCGAAGUUAUUAUUGCUUCCGGAGGUGUCCUUCCAAACAUUCACAGCAUCUUGUUGCCAACUGGUCAAACAGCCAAGAAAGGUAGUGAUAAAAAGAGUAGUAAGAAGUCAUCAGAAGAAACUUCUGCUGCUUCAUCUCAAGAAUUCUAAAUUCAACUAGGUUUUACAAUUUAAAUUUCACUCCCCAAAUAUCUUUCAAACCCCUAAGCAUUUUCACUGUACAGAACAAUAAAUCCAAAUCAUAAAUAUAUUUAAAA